AUGGAGGAGAUAGUUAUGGGGCUAGAACUUAGCAAGAUUUAUUUUAUAUGGGCUGUGAGAUUUCAAGGUGGAGAUAACACUGCUUUAUUGGGAGGCUUUUCAAAGAGAUUUAAGGAGAGAGGUUUGAUGGCGCAAAGAUGGGUUCCACAGGCAAAAAUACUUGGCCAUUCAAGCAUAGGUGGGUUUGUGAGUCAUUGUGGGUGGAAUUCAACACUAGAAGGCAUCAUUAAUGGUGUACCAAUCAUAGCAAUGCUAAUGAAAAAUGACCAGCCCUUUAAUGCCAAGGUGGUGACAGAACUUGGUGUGGGUAUAAAGGUGCCAAGAGAGAACGGCAAGCUUAAAAGUGAGGAAAUUGCUAGGAUUAUCAAUGAAGUAAUAGAGCAAGAAGAGGGAAAAUAUUGA